AUGGGCAACACCUCCAGCCGGGACUGGUUUGACCCCUACGCUAUCAACACUCCGCUUGCCGGUUUGUGUGCGGUCUCAUGCCUAUUCAACAGCGUACCAAAUGGCGUGCUGCGAAUAUCGAACGUCUACACCAACGUCACACUGCUUGUACUCCUUGGCUGCUCCACCGGGUGCAGCACCUCGCUGCAUAUGCCGCUGUUAGGCGCGCAGACGGGCCUCGCAGCGUCGCUGCUUUUUACCUUUGGCGCGCCAAUGAAGAUUCACUUCACGAGUCGCCUCUUUCCGCGCUCCGUGCAUUACGGAAUUGGUGCAUUUUACACUACCUACCACGCGAUGCAGCUGCAGAAGGAGCUGAACUACUUUGAAGACGCACACGAAGACGGCGAGGAUGAGGUGUUUUAG